CUUCGCGGCCUUCACUACAAGACGCCACUGAGCUGAAUGAAUGACUGAUUUGACCCUGAAGGAACUGAAAUUACAUCUUUAUCAUCAUGUAUCACAAGUCGAAAUCGGUACAUUUAAAAAGUUCCGCAUCUUUAAGAUACAACAAUCUGUCGGUGCUUUGCUCACCGGAACGGAAUGUGACUUGCUACGCUGUUGUUCAUAAAGCGGUGGUGAACAUCUCGAACUGCGCCGGGGAUGGAGCGGGGAGCGGUGUCGGUCCCAACGUCACACAGCGACAACUGCAUUGCAAAGAUGUUGCCGGUGUCACUCAAAAUGCAGCCAUUCUGGAGGCUAAAUUCUGUGAGUUGCCUUCAAGAACUCUAAUGGUGGUAUGCUGCCAGAAAGGUGUACAGAUGUUUGAACCAGACAGCUCAGCAUUGGUAUUCUGGCAUGCUCUAUUCAACUCUGAUGGCAAUGACGGUUUUUUGUUUACCCGAGGGAUAGCAUCUGUUCUAGACAGUUUUAUUGCAGUUGGGGCAGCAUUCGUCCAUGACCGCGAAUCACCAGGUACAUCAACAGGCUCUGUUCUUGUGUUUUCUAUACCAUCCCGAGGUACCAAUGUCCAGUUGAGUGAGACGCUAAGCGGUCACUCUUAUCCUAUUAGUGCUGUAGCUGGUGCUGGGGAUAUGAUGGCUAGUGGGGAUGACAGUGGAUGUAUAAUGGUCUGGCAGGCCGGACCAAAGUUCUAUCAGCUGACCAGAAUCAAUGGCGGAGGGGCUACAUGUUCAUCUCUCUGUCUGUACAAGAAUCUAGUGAUAGGAGGAUAUGGAACAGGUCAUAUUCGUAUCUUUGAUACUCAGAAAGGAAACCUGAUGACUGAAAUAUGUGCACAUGCUAAGUGGAUCCAUGCCAUGGAUCUUGCUCCAUCUGCUGGACUGUUAUUGUCAACAUCAGAAGACACAAUGUUGAGAGUUUGGUCUUUAAAAUCAGAUGAUAACCAAGCAAAGGUAUCGCUUGCCUACCAAGAAUGCAUCACAGAUAUUCAGUUAUGUGGUGCUAAAUUCCUUGACAAAGAAGGCCAUUCUUUCUGUGUGAGUGGAUAUGAUGCCCCUGAGGUUGUAUGUUUUACUAAGGGAUAGAGGAUUUUAUUAUUAUUCUUGACAGAUGAUGCUGGUAUAUCAUCAUUCCUCUUAAUGAAUAGUUGGACUUUGAUCUCAUCACAUUUCAGGAUCAUAUUUAGGUAAAGAAAGUUAGCACUUAGGAAACUUUUUCUUGUGUUAAAAAUCUGAUUUUGAGCCAAAGUGGAAUAUUUAGUUCAUAUUUAGCAGAUGAUUAUAGGUAAUUGGAGCGUUUCAUGAAACUAGUGGUUAUUAAUUUUCACUCUAGUGGUUAGUAAUUUUCACUGACCAUUGUUAUAAGCUACCAUUCCUAGCAUUUGAUUGGCUCAGAGCAUAUUGAUCAUUGAAAUUCACUGACUAUUUUGUGUUUAUGAAACGCUACCCGUGAGUGUAAGGUUUUCUUAAAGGGCUGAUGUAAGAACAAGAGUCUUUUAAAUGAUGAUUUUAUGUAGGUAAGAGGAAUAUGUAUAAUGAUGAACAUUCCUUUACAUGUUGUCUUAAGGGUAACUUAGAUGCUGCACAACAUUAAAGUUUAAGUAAUAUUUCAUUGCAUGAAUUAGUUUUUAUGGGUAACUUGAGAUUGUCUUUUUGAACUAGUGCAUUACCUGGGCCCAACAGCACAAAGAUUUUUCAAAGAUUGCAAACAUGAAAGAAUAGCUCGGAUCGGUUUCUGCUCAAUAUCUGGUUCAAAAUAAACAUGCAAUAACAAUCUUGCUAGAGUUUUGUUAUUUUGUGAUUGAUUGCAAACAUUUUGCAGUAAAAAGCCAGGGAGAGCAUAAUUUGUAAAGACUUGAAGAUUUUUUAUCCAACAAGUGUCAUUUUAUCAGAAAGUUACCAUAGUAACAGUGCUCCUUAGCCAAUCAAAGUCAAGGAUAGUUAUCAGAUCUGACACCUUGGCGGGCAAAAUGUUAGGUCGAUACUUUAAUAGUACAUUCUUAAGUACUUUGAAUAUAAUGAUUAUAAUGAUUUGAUGUACUGAAAACAAUGACACCCCAAGUCAAAUGUGUAUUCAUGUAAUUGAGUGUAAUUUUUAGCAAUGGUAUUCAACCCAGGGGGGGGGGGCACUCACAUAUAUUGGUGGUACGGGACGUGGUGCUUUGAUGACCCCCCUUUUCUUUAUCCAGAGGAUGUCAAUCCCUAGGCAUAUGAAGGAAGAGCUGAGUUUCUACUGAUAUCCUGAAAUAUCCUUUUGUAGUAGGGAUUAAGAUCUUGCCGACAUCAUUAAGAGUAUUAUAAAUAUUUAGAAUUGAACCUAAUAAAAUGAUUACAAGGUACUGUAGUCUAAAUGUAAAUUUAUUUUGCUUUAGCACUUCAUUGUACGUGUGAUAGGCUGUCAUGAUAAAUCAUAGGAUUGAAAUGACGUUGAUUAAAAGAAUCUUUAGAAACAAAUUUUACAGAUCAGUUUGUUCUACCAUUGUAAUUACACCAAUAUGGCUCUUUUAAAGCAGUACAAGGUUCCAAACAUAUUCUGCUUGUAAUUGUUUUUAUUGCACCUCUUGACAACAUCUUGUAAUUUGCUGAACCAAUUGGUCAAUCCCCGACAUGCAUUGACUUACAGUCUUGUUUCUUGUAUAUGCCAGAAUGUUAGGUUGUAAAAGGGAUGUGUGCCUUUAUUCAUGAAUAUCUCAUAAUGGUGUCAUUUGAAUUAAGAAGUAAAGUUUAUCAAGGAUUUUUGCUAUUUUGUUUUGUUUCUGAGAGUAAAACGUUGGAUGUUCUUUGUAAAAUAUUGAUAGGAAGCAAUGGUGAUGUUUCUUCAUGGUUGCUACGGAUACUGGCUUUCGUUCGAUUGCCAUUUCAGCUACAGAAUAUAGUUUCAGUUGUAUUCAUUAGAUUUCAAACUAUUAGUACUUCUAUUAUACUUGCACCGUCCUUAUUUAAUAUUGAUAUCACCUUGAGAUAUUGUGUAUAUUGUAUCAAAAGUGAAAUUAUAUUUACAUGAAGUUAUUAUUGCAGCGAUGGUGAUUUAGAUGUACUAGAUUGUUUAUCUGUAUAUCAGGACUAUACAGUAGGUUGAUUAAAGCGUAUAUUUGUAGAGGCAGAUGUAGCAUUGCUUGAAUAGAAUGAAAAUAAAAUGUGUGAAAAUGCUAUUUAGGAUGUACUAGAAAUGGUUCUGAGUAGCUAGCUUUUGAGAUGUUAUUUAAGUGCUUAAUCUUAGUAUAAAAGCAGGCACAUCAAGUUUAUGUUUGGUCAAUAGAGUUGCACAGUUUGCUUUAUUGUCAACUCUUGACUAAUUUUACUUGUGGUAUUGCUGUUUUUUAGGAAGUCAUGACACGCUUCAUGCCAUACCUAAGCAAUUUUUUUGGACAUGGAAUAAAAUGGAUUCAUCCAAUUCAGAUGGAUAUCCCUUCUCUUGCAAAAUAUGUCCAUCCUUGUACUGUAUUCAUGUGCGGUAAUUAAUGUCCCGUCCCACUUGUAUUUUGUAGAUGAUACAAAGAAAAGUAAAAUGUACAUCAUGCCAAGUUUACUUACUACCCGAAUGAAAUAAUAAAAAAAAAAAAUUAGCAAUGUUUAGAGAAAAUUUGAUGGAGAAAGUGUAAUAAAUUGUCUGAACGGUCUUUAUGGUACUACAUUCCCCAUUUGUUUUUAUAAAAAAAAAUAAUGAGAUCCUGAUCAAUUGUUACUUGAGGUUUGUCUGGCUCUGCCAACAUUCAGCACAAGAUUUCUUUUUCUAAACUACUAUUUAUCCCUUUAAUAUUCCUGCCAAUAUGAAAGCAGAUAGGAUACCCAAAUCUACUGUACAUUCCUCUUGCUUAUAAAUCAAUAUUUGUGUGUUGUGCUGGUAUAAAAAAAUGUGGCAUUUUUAUUUGCUAGUUAUUAAAUUUUAUAUUGCAAGAUGUAUUCAGCAUGUUGUAGUGUUUCUUAUUGAUGUGCAAUGUAUGGUAUGUGUAUUUACCAUUUUAUACAUUAAUAACAUCAAUGUUUUGACAUUUCUUUGUUAUUUGAUGGUUGUUUUUCAAUGUACAAAUUGUAAUUUGCUUUUGUAAUUCAUACUCAUUGAAAUAAUACAUGUAUAUUUAUAUAUAUAUGGAUAAUCAGCUAUUUCAAGUCAGCUUUACAUCAAAUGAAGCCAAUGUCUUUUAUAGAAACUGUCAAAUAAUCCUACUUCAAAAUGGAGAGAUGACAAGAUUUCUCAACAUGAUCCUACUAAUGAAUGGAUUACAAUACUUCAGAUCCAGUUUGCAUGUAAUUGUUGCUAUGUCUAGCAGGCCUCAAGCAAGCAUUCAAGUAGAUUAUGCAUCAUGGAUGUUAAAGUAUUGGAUCAAAUCAAGUGGAAAACAAUGAAUAGUUAAAGCCAGUGAAAUUCAAUGCUUUCAAGAUGGUUCAAUUUGAUCUUGCGAUAAGAAAGUGUGUAUGACAGACUUCUUGAGUCAGAAAUUAGCUUGGUGAAGGGGAUGCAUAUGUGGCUAGUUAUCAUUCAAACUUUGAGAAUUCACUUUUUUUCCAUCUUCAAAUUUGAUACCAUAUUCAACAAAGCACCUAAGACGAUAGAGGACCACUGAACAAAAGUGUUAGCUGUUUCAAUAAAACAUAUUGUACUCUAUGCAUUGAUUCUCAAAUGUCUUGUUUGCUGUCAUAGUAUACAGAUUGAUUGAGAUAAUGUUGAUGUUUACACAACCUGUUUGAUAUAUCAAUAUUCCAAUUCUUAUCAAGAACAAAAUACAGUGCACAGUUCAUGUGGUUAUAGCAUGAUGUAUUGAAAUGAUGUAUUGAAAUCAAGAAAUUAUUAUUGUCGAAAAGAAAAGUAUAUCUUUAUAUUUCACAUUGUUGCUUGUAUAAUGUGUGUUAUUAAAGUAUGUAAAUGUA